GUUAAAGUCUUCAGAUUGUGUUGAAUCGGAAGAAUGGGUCGAAAGGCACGCAAACCCGUAGCUAACGAUAAUGUGAGCGAAGAUGAGGUCGAUUUCAAUGAUAUGGCCGAUGAGGGAAGUGAUGGUCAAUCGGAGCAGAUUAUGGACUCACAAGCAAAUGAUGGAGAUAUGGAUCCGAUAGAUGAGACCAACGAUGACGAGACUGUGGCCGAAGAUGUGGCCAGCGAUGAGCCGCCGCGGGUGUUGUUCCCGGAACAGAGUCUAUUGUCUCAAAUCAAAAACAAGUUAAGACGUCGAGAGCUAUACAUCAAAAUGAAGAAGGAGAAGAAAGAGACAAAGAAAACGGCGAGAAGUGAGAGACAAAACACCGCCAAAGCUUUGGGCGAAAAGGCCACGAAAAUGGUUCCGAAGACAAUCGAGUCGAUGCGAGAACCCGACGAAACAAUGGUUGAUCCCGAAGACGAAGAGGUGAAGGCCGACGAAGAGUUGGACGAAAUGGCCUCAUAUUUUCGCAAAGAAGUCGAGCCCAAGAUAUUGAUCACAUCGAGUGAUAAUCCUCACAGAACUACCAUUAAGUUUUGUCGAGAACUUAAACAGACGAUACCUAAUGCAGAGUUUAGGUUUAGGAACAGAUCCAGUGUUAAGAAUAUGGUUAAGGCGGCCAUCGCUAGGCAUUACACCGAUAUUGUGAUUGUCAACGAAGACUGGAGGAAACCCAACGGAUUACUUCACGUCCAUUUGCCCGACGGUCCGACCACUCACUAUAGACUCAGUUCUGUUCGCUUUUGUAAAGAGAUAAAGAAUCGGGCCCAAUAUAGCGCUCAUAGACCUGAAGUGAUUCUCAAUAAUUUCAAUACAAGACUCGGCCACACAAUCGGCCGAAUGUUUGCGUCGGUAUUUCAUUACGACCCGCAAUUCAAAGGCCGACGAGUUGUCACUUUUCACAAUCAAAGAGAUUAUAUAUUCUUUCGCCAUCACAGAUAUGAAUUUAAAAACAACACUAAAGUAGCGAUUCAGGAGAUCGGACCCCGAUUUACACUGAAGUUACGUUCACUACAAAAGGGAACGUUUGAUUCAAAAUUUGGUGAAUACGAGUGGGCACUGAAGCGUCACGACUCGGGAACAAACAGAAGACGAUUCGCGUUAUAAGGCAUAGCUAUAGUCUAUUUUCAUAUACAGUACUAUUUCUCAUAUAUUAUUAAAUUAAUAAACUUUUUAUUUCGUGCGAAACCAUACCAUUAAAAUAUA